UCUGUGUUUGUCUGUUGGUUAGAUUCUAUUUUCACGGAUAAUUAAACAUUGGUUUCAUACUCCGAUCAGCUUCAUGACAUCCCCAUGGAAAGAUAUAUAAUAGCAACUCGUUCCUUCCUUCGUUCUUGCGUGUUUGACGGCAAACACGGUUGCAUGAUCUUAGCAAAGUUGCAGAGGUUCGUUCACACUUCUGAACGUCCACCAGUUGCUUGAAGAAAAGUAAGCGAAGUUGUUACUGACAGUGAGAUAAAGAAAAGAAAGGAAAGAUAAGGCGAGGGCUACCUGAAUAAGACCUGUUUAGCUUCUCGUGGAGAAUGUUUAGGCCAUUUUGUGAUGAUCCUUGGCGAUGAUCCACGUGCAGGAUGAUGGUCUGAGGUGGGACUGUUCUCGAAACCCGCAGUUCUUGGACCUGUCCCACUUCCUAAAGCGCCUCCCCCUCUCUGAACUCCACUCGUCUUCCACUUCCCCUUCAUUUCUCUUCCUUUCUGAAAGCACCCAUUCGGGAAGACACCGAAGGAGAAUCAAUGGCAUCUUCCUCGCCUCUCCCUCCCCACAUCUGCUUCCCAUCCACACCAGGAAGGCGACGCCCUCACCGCCUUCACCCGUUGAAUUCCUUCAGCAGAAGCUUUCCCCAACUCCAGACAUCCAGACCCAAUCUCUCCAUUCCGGCAUCGCUGUCAUCGCCUCCGCCAUCAACGACACGCUUCGAUCUGCAGACUUAUUGGACGUCCCUCAUAGCGGAGAUUGACCAGCAGCUGGAAAAGGCGGUGCCGCUGCGCUACCCAGAGAGCAUCCACGAGGCGAUGCGCUACUCCGUGUUGGCGCGGGCGAAGAGGGCUCCGCCCAUAAUGUGCAUCGCCGCCUGCGAGCUCGUCGGCGGCCACCGCUCCCACGCUUUCCCCACCGCCUGCGCGCUCGAGAUGGUUCACUCCGCGUCCCUCAUUCACGAUGACCUCCCCUGCAUGGACGACGAUCCCCAGCGGCGCGGCCGCCCUUCCAACCACACCGUCUUCGGCGUGGACAUGGCCGUCCUAGCCGGAGACGCCCUCUUCCCUCUUGGGUUCGAGCACAUGGUGUCUCAUACCCCGCGGGAGGUGCCAGCCGACCGCGUUCUCGCGGUUGUCGCCGAGAUAGCCCGCACCGUCGGCUCCACCGGCAUGGUCGCCGGUCAGUACCUCGAUCUCAAGCUCGCCGACGCCAAUGGUGGAGAAGGACAGGACAUGGACCUCGCCUGGUUCAUCAAGGAGAAGAAGUUCGGAGAGAUGGCGGAGUGCUCCGCCGUGUGUGGUGGAUUGUUGGGGGGAGCGAGCGAGGAAGAGGUGGAGAGGCUGAGGAGGUAUGGUCGGGCCGUGGGAGUGCUGUAUGAGGUGGUGGAGGACAUGAUGGAGAGUGAGAAGCUGCGGGGAAAGGAGGUUGGUGGCGAGAGGAAGUGGAAUUAUGUGAGGGUUUAUGGGUUGGAGAGGGCCAGGGAGUUGGUGCAGCGGCUGAAGAACGAAGCCAAGAGAGAACUCUCUGGCUUUGAGGGGGAUGGGGUUGUUCCCCUCUACAGCUUUGUUGAUUAUGCUGUUGACAGAAAUUUUCAGCUGAUCACAGACUAGGUCAUGGGUAUGUCUGCUCACCAAGAAUAAGGGGAGCUCUCUCCCGAUCCCCAUGGCUUCUGAAUUUGGGUUAUCGUAUUCGUACUUGGCUCUGCUAAUCUGAGAAGUAUAUGAGGGUUUUUCUUCAUGAGGAGUCAAGCACUGUCUGGUUUCAUUUAGCAUCUGUAAUAAUUAGAUAUGAAGUGUCAAGCAGUGUCAAGAAGGGGAGUUCUCUCUCGAUCCGCUUGGAGCUUCACUUGUAAUAAUUUGUAAUGGAGAGCCAAUCUCCUUGUAAUUUAAUUAGAUAUGUUGAAAUUUUACAGUAAUCUGA